AUGCCUAGCCCGGAGCAUCGGCGUCUCAGAAGGGACUCGGGUUGGCUGGCUAUGAAGGACGCCGCUGCCGAGGGCGAGUGCGGGAGACCCGGGCAGGACCUGUUGGCUUUCUUACAGGAAGAGAAAAGGUACCGGAUCAACCACCUAACAGCCGAGGAAUCUGAGAGGGAAGCCUUCUCUCUCUUCUCUGCCGCUGUGCGGGAAAGUCACGAAAAAGAGAGAACGAGAGCUGAGAAGACAAAGAACUGGUCCAUUAUUGGCUCCGUGUUGGGGGCCGUGAUUGGGGUCCUGGGCUCCACUUACAUCAACCGAGUUAGGUUGCAAGAAUUAAAAGCCUUAGUUUUCGAGGCCCAGAAGGGCCCUGCGAACCUUCAGGAAGCCAUCCGGGAUCAAGCCACCUCCUAUCACUCCCAAAAACAGGAUCUCGGUGACCUCAUUGCCAGUCUGAAGAACAUCCUGCAACUUGCAACGGUGACGACGUCGCAGGAAGGGGAAGGGGCUUCCUUGGCCAAAGACAGAUCGAGCGCCUCACUAAAAAUAGACCCUGUCUUGGUUUCUGUGAGGGAGCAGCUGGCCUACUCUAAACAAAUCAGCUUGUUCCUCGGCAGCUUGCAGGAGCAGCUUUGUGAUUUGGAAAAAAAAUUAGGGCAGAUGGUCCGUGAAGUACAGAACAUUAAAGUCGUACCUCAGUCCGUACCUGAGGAAAGGGGAUUGCUUAGCUUUCCCUCAGAGGCCAAAAGCCAGCCUUUAGAGGCAGAAGAGGUGGUUCUCGAAUUGUGCAACACCGAAAAGAGGUUGGAAGCCCAAAUGAGGAAGAACUCCAUCUACAGUACAGCCUUCACCUGUACCCUGCUGGCUGUCAGCUUCCCCAUUCUCUAUAUAAUGCUGAAGGGAAAUUAGACCGCAGUUUAGCCCGUUUUCCUCAAAAGUCUUUAAAACAUAAUAAAAGGGUGUACCUUGAACAUAAAUGCUGCCUCAAAGUCAUUUUGCAGAAGCGCCUGGUGGUUGAGGGCCCAAGUCAGGACAUACCGUAUUUUUCAGAGUAUAAAACGUACUUUUCCCCUCCCUAAAAGAGAGUGAAAAUUUGGGUGCUUCUUAUACACCGAAUAUAGCCAAAAACGCAAGGCACAGAGGAGGCGAUGGUGUGUGGCAAUCCCUGCGGCCUGGAGUAGCUGAUUGGAGGUAUUCCGGGAGACUGGUCCACCCUCCAAUCAGCUGCUCAUGCUGAAUCAGGUUUCAAUAAUGUGCUGAAACUGACCUGGCCGUUCGCUAUUUGCUGCAAGGACGUGUCAGAGUUCGCAGCAGCAAUCACAUUCAGAAAGCACUCACAAGCAACUGAUUCAGCAGGAUUCAGUAACUUCUCUUUAUAUAUAUAUUAAUAACACAUUAAGCAAAUAUACAAUCCCAAAAGCAGGUUUUGCAAGUGGUAGUUCAGCGGAGAAGUUUCACUUUCAGUUUUAGUUUCAGAUAUCAGCACAGCAUGCAGCUUUAGUACAGAACAAGCCACGGCCAGGCUCCUUCUGCCUCCUUCCUUGUUGCUAACACAGCAAAUACUGUUUGUUUCCAAACAGCCC